AUGCCGCGAUCAGACUUCUCGGUCCUUGGUCAAGGCUCUCAGGUAUACCUUCCAGAAGGCGAGUACCUUGCGAACGAAGUGUAUGGCUUCUCCUGCAUGAUCAAGUCUAAUAUCAUCGCACUUUUCUUCACUCUGUCGACAUCCAUUCGUAGCGACACCGAUGCAGGGCUACUCAUUGAAGUACCGUAUGGAUUGAAGCUGUUGGACGCAUGCACACCGAGAGGGAUGACGGUCGAGCUCACCUGUUUGGUAUCAUACUUCCUCAACGGAGCGGAAGUUGGAGUCGACACGCCAGGCGGCCGCCUAUCACUGCGGAUCCGCCCAGCCACGGGAGUCAUCCCUGCUGGGCCCAAUAAGAUCCUAUUGGACUUCGUCAAUCCGUCUGAAUUGUUCCGCAACACCCCUAGUGGAAGCACGCCUUGCGGUAUGACUGAGUGUUGGACCUUGCGGUCGUUGCUCGAUACUGAAGGCAGUCGGGAAGAUUGGCGCAACAUGCUGGAGAAGGAAGCCACAGUAGAGGCGUUCGACAUCCACGAUGAAAUCGCCUCCGCUGAAAUCAUACCGGACACCAUUGGAAGGAAUGACAGACCGGGCUUUGCAAAUAUUGUGGCGCUAUCUAUUCGCAUGGAAAACGACGUAACUGAAUCUCCCACCAUGACAAUCAGAGCACCUCUAGGGUCCGUCUUCCCACAGGAUUGUCUUGGGGGGAUUCUUAUCAACUUGGAGGAGUUCCUCACUCCCAGCCAAAAAGACAGCGUAAAAAUGUUCGAGCCAGGAGUCGAACCCACGGCCUGUAUCAGCGACGAGCAUUUACUCAGAGUUGAACUACCUGGAGGCCUCAGGGCUGGGGUCAUAUACGCCUUUGCAGUGAAGGUUCGGAAUGCACUAGAGGAAACCGAGGAGGAAGGGUUCUGGUCUAUCGAGUAUGCUAAGGAGGCUAGUGCCCCUAUCCCAGCGUUCAGCCUGUGGGUCGUAUCUGGGAUCGUAAUCACCCCAACCCAAACCACUCGUCGUAUACUGGCCUCGUCGGCAGAGGCAACGACUGACAUCAACUAUGUCACUAUUGAUUUCAAAACUCAUCAUGAGAUAAGACCUGGUGGGAGAAUUCGAAUCGUAGCUCCGAGUGACGGAACAGAGGAAGGCUCCUUUAAAUUUAUUCGAUAUACUCUGGAAUGUGUUAUCACACUACAGCAAGUUAGUGGUGACAGGGGACAGCUGACCACACUGUGGGGAUCUGAUGAUGUCACUUGUAUAGUAGAGGAAGAUGCAAAGAAUGUUGCUAACGUCAACAUCAUAAGCACGACCAAGGUGGCCCAAGCUCCUGUCAAUGUAGCUCCCAGCAGUCGGCCCGUUCAGUCCAUCCGUAGCGGUCUCCUUUAUCGAGUUGUUGCGGUCGUAUACAACCCACAGCAAGCGAACCAACAAGCGGCUAUAUGGGGCAUCGAGACCUACGACAAUACGUUCACGAACGUUGGGGGAAACCCUGACGUUUUCAAUUCCGAGGCAGCACUACUGGACGCUGGCACGGCCACGGGCUUCCCGAUCACCGUGGACCUCUAUCGUUUUCUUAUUACAAAAGGGGACGGCCCACAGGAAGCCUUGGACAGCACUCAGAGAGCCUGUCGCGGCUUUUCGUGGAUACAGGACCCGCCGCCUGAGGCCACAAUGGAGUGUGAUGGAGCUGUACUGACUUUGAGCUUCGACGAGCGUUACGGCUGUGAUACACAACAAUCGUGCUUGAAUGAGAUAAGCUUCAUCUUGAGUACUAUCAACCCGCUGGAGACUCCCCCACCUGAGGAUAACUUCUGGGUUGUCCAACAUGAACUGCCGACUGGAACCUCUGAUGCCGCGAACAGCCAGUCGGGGACGGAGAUUGUCGUGUCGUUCAUGCCUGCGUCGACUGCUGAUCUUGUCGAACUUACGGACUCGCAGAGUAUCUAUGGUUUCCUAUUGCCUGGCAAGGUAACGUUGGGGAGAAGUAGCGUCAUUAAAGUCAUGGCUUUCCAGUUCGAAGUCCUUGACGAAAAUUUGAAUGCUGCGAUAAUCCAACCCUUACCACAAGAGACUAUCCUCGCCAACGAAAAGUACAUCAUCAGUAUGGAGGUCGUCACUCCAUCGGAGAUCGGUGGCGGCGAGAAGUAG